AUGAAGCUCUUCGCCACCCUUUGUCUGUUGGUCGGUGGUGUGGAUUCUCAGCUGUACUCGUAUCAGAGUUCCGUGUCCGCACUUUUGGACAUUGGCUUGCAAAUCGAAAAGGUCAACGCGGCGUUGGGGAGUUCUGCAAAUUACACAAAUGCCACUUUGGAGUAUGAAUCCACCGUCGGUUCGGGAUUGUCCCUGCGGUACAUCUUGAACUGUGGGCAGCCUCAGCUACCUGCUUGCACCACUGAGCCUUUUUCAACCCAUGUGUCACAUUGGUUCUCCCAGGACUACAUGCAUUCAUUCGUCGGUCCAAUCCUGUCUGAUGCCACAGCGCACAGUUGGACGCUGGACGACGACGCGCGCAAGGAGCUCAUCAUGAAAAGCAUGGUCCUCGAAGGUGUACUGAUGGCUGUACAAGCCAGAGUGCAAGCCAGUGCGGACACGUGCUCAAACACACAAACAUCUCUCCGGUUCUUGGAUGAGGCAUGGGCGCUCUAUUCCGGCUCUCUUUCAGAUGGCCCAAUUCGUUUGGCUGAGAAGCGCGCGCCUCAGUUUCUCACAGAGGCCGCCAUCCAUGAGGACCAUUCAGCUGGCCAGAGCCGCGUCAAUGUGCGUCUCCUGGAGACUUUCAAGAUGAUGCAAAGUCUUGUUCAGAGUGGAGACUGUUCAUCUUUGAGUGGCACGAACACCCCGGCAAGUCGCAUCAUCUCCUUGACCCGCGUGCCUGUCAUUCAAGGGAUGUUGCGUGAGGCUUUCGAAUCCGACCCCGGCAGGAGAAAUGUUACGGGUGGAGCCGAUGGGUUUAUCGAGGUUGUCGAAGGCUGGGCCUUCACCAGGGCCGUUCUGCCAGCGAUCGAUGCGUGCAAUGCUUCCGUGGCCCAGACACUGGAACGCAACCUUGGCAACAUCGGUCUGGGGCCUGCAGGGGCACACGUGCCCGAUGGCUUUGAUGUUGUACUGGAGGCUGUGGAAUCCACGUAUUCUUGUUUGGGCAUCCGAUGUGAUGAUGUCAAUGCCAUGGCGGAUCCUUGGCGGACCGGGCAAACUUUGUGGGAACCUUGUACCGACCCAACAACAACCACCACCACCCAGGUGAUGGAGACCAGCGGCUCAGCUCUUCUGUUGCCCAUGCUUUCCGUGCCUCUGCUCGCGCUUUUGCAAGCGUAG